UUUCAGUCCUACCAGUAACUUGAUCAUCCUCCUAUUGACACCAGACUGCGUAAUAAAUACAACCGUCUUACGCCCUCUGACCUACCACCUUAUUUUUAAGUCCCAUCGCUCUUGUACUACAAAAGCACCACAACUUUAUUUAUUUACCGUCGUCGUUGUUAGGUUGGACCUUAUCUCGCACUACCUACACAUAUCAUCGUUUAUUUGAAUAACGGUCACACUCGUUAACUAACGAUCGAAUACAACAACGUACAUACUCAUCUCGUCGCGCACAGACUAAUUUAGCCAUGGGUGUCGGAAGAUAUGUUUGUGUGGCUCUGCCAUUCAUAUUAACAGUCGGCAGCAUCAUUUGUAUGCUGAUCGCCGGUCUCACCGGUGUUACCAGCAACAGCCUUUACAUCUUCCAAGUCGACAUGAGAAAUGCCAGCGUCGACGCUUCGACCCUCUCGAGUCUAAUUAGCAACAUCAGCAGUCUCGAGAACGUUGCAAAUGAAAUCAGCUCUCGUUCCCCCGCCCCCGCCCCGGAGCCGUUGGAUAUCUCUAGCAUCAUUAGCAGUCUCACUGGAAGUGGUGGCAGUGACAACAUCACGGCGGCCGAGCUUGGAAUCGAUAAGCUCUACGAUGUUACCCUUUGGAACUACUGCAGCAUCUCGGCUAACGGAACCGACAAGAACUGCACUAAGGCCAAAUUCAACUGGGCCGAGACCGAGUUCAACACUACCUUCAUCAAUGACUUCGGCAGCGACGUUGGUGCUAACAUCACCAUCCCGCAAGAGAUUACGGAUGCCUUGAACACUUUCAAGCCUCUUAUGAAAUGGACCGAGGUUGUUUACAUCAUCGCUAUGGUUGCUCUUGGCCUUGAGCUCGUCGUCGGUCUAUUUACCGCUUGCUCCCGUCUUGUCUCAUGCUUGACUUGGCUCAUUUCCGGUAUCGCUACUCUCGCCGUCAUCGCCGCCUCCGCUAUGAUGACCGCCAUAGCCGUCGUUGUCGUCGGUGCAGUGAAGGGUGCCAUCGGCAAGUAUGGUGGUGAUGCUAGCUGGAACCACAGCUUCUUGGCUUGCAUCUGGAUCGGUGUCGCAUUCGCUCUUGGCGCUAGCUUAUUCUGGCUCUUCUCCGUCUGCUGCUGCGCACCCGAGCGCCGCCCCUACGCCGGCCGCUCGCGUGGCGGUCCUGAGGGCGAGAAGUUCAUCCCCACUGGUUCAUACGUCCCGCUCGGUGAGCAACGCAACUCUGGCUACAACUACGGCGCCCCACAGCGCGGUGGUGCUCGCUCGGACCUUGCAUAUGAGCCUUAUUCUCAUGCUCGUUAAACGUGGAGGACGUUUUGGGAAUGGCGGGGAAACUCAGUGCGCGAUUGGGCCGUUUGGCCUAAGGGUUAGACCAUUUGCAUUAUGCCGGCGUUAAGGCUUGGGAAUGACAAGACUGGAUGAAAACGCGAUGUUUUCGCGACGGUAUUAGGCAGAGAAGUUAGACGGAAGGAUAUUUCUGUGAUGAACGGGAUACCCGGGAUUAUUAUGAUAGUGUUCAAUUUCGCAUAUAAUGAAAUGGCAUAUGAUGAAUUAACAAUUCA